GAAGUUCCGGUCUGUUUGAAAGCUCCCGGCGGAGCUGCUGCUGCCUCUUCCCGCCGCCCGCAUGGCCGGCUUCGCCAUGGAUCCGCCUCCCGCAGGAGCGGAGCCCAUGACGCUGGGUUCCCCCACGUCCCCUAAGCCGGGCGCCAGCGCUCAGUUCCUGCCCGGCUUCCUGAUGGGCGACCUGCCCGCGCCCGUCACCCCGCAGCCGCGCGCCCUGAGCGGCCCUGCCGUGGGCACCAUGGAUGUGAGGUCUCCUCUGCUCGCAGGUGGCUCUCCCCCACAGCCUGUAGUCCCUACACAUAAAGAUAAAAGUGGUGCUCCACCAGUUAGAAGCAUAUAUGAUGAACUGUCUAGUCCUGGACUUGGAUCUUCACCACUAACUUCAAGAAGAGCUGGCAGCUUUUCUUUAACCCAGAGCCCAUUGGUUGGAAACAUGCCAUCAACUCCUGGAGCAGCUUCAAGUAUGUUCAGUCCUGCAAGUAUUGGGCAGCCUAGAAAGACUACUCUGUCUCCAGCUCAACUCGAUCCUUUCUAUACUCAGGGUGAUUCCCUAACUUCAGAAGAUCAACUUGACGACACGUGGGUAACUGUAUUUGGAUUUCCCCAAGCAUCUGCUUCCUAUAUCCUUCUACAGUUUGCUCAGUAUGGAAACAUAUUAAAGCAUGUGAUGUCCAACACAGGAAAUUGGAUGCAUAUUCGAUAUCAGUCUAAGCUUCAAGCCCGAAAAGCCCUAAGCAAAGAUGGAAGAAUUUUUGGUGAAUCCAUCAUGAUUGGUGUCAAACCUUGUAUAGAUAAAAGUGUGAUGGACAACUUUGAAAGAAGCUCUGCAUCCUCAAUGUCUUCAGUUUUCACUCCACCUUCAAAAACUGUAAGCACACCAGUACAACCUGCAAGUACUACAAAGAUUUCUACUAUGAGACCUCUUGCAACAGCAUACAAAGCUUCCACUAGUGACUACCAGGUGGUUUCAGACAGACAAACGCCUAAGAAGGAUGAAAGCAUUGUAUCUAAAGCAAUGGAAUAUGUGUUUGGCUGGUAAUUGGCAACAAGAAGUAACACACUAAGUUGGUCAGGGUUGGAAAUCUGCUGCUGGCGUCAGUGGUUAGUUGUAUAACUACUAGUGUCAGUAUUUUAAUUUAUAUCACCUGCAGUGAUGCCUUCAUGCCUUCAGUGAUUUCAGCAGACAUGUAGCUUGCACUUUAAAUGAUUGCAAUAUACACAUGGUUUUAAAAACUGCAUCAGUGUAAAUAAGUGUUUUUUUUUCCUGUUUGUGCUCUGAUUGCAUGAUUGUAGAAAAAAAUACGAGCACUGACUUGGCUUCUAUGAUGACUUCAUGUGAAUUGCUUCCCAGUAAAGAUGAUGGGCUUCUCGCAGGAAGAACACUAUGUAUAGCAGGCUCGUAGGGACUGUUCUUAAUAUAUGAUUUUAAUUUUCUCAUUUGGAUUCAUUGCUGUUCUAAAACUAUCUUUGGCAUCCUGUUCUAAACGUCACAGUGACUUUUUAACGGUUUUAUUAAUAAAGCUAAGUAAAGUUUU